AUGGCUAGCGCUCUCCACCCAGCGUACCAAUUUGAAUACUUCCGGGAGAAAUGGUGGAAACGGGAGGACUGGAUAAAGGCCGCUGAGAGGGACCUGACCUUGUAUUACAACCGGUUGGCAGCAGUCACGGUGGCCACCGAGCAUGUCGACCGGGUGGGGACACCACCUCCUUCCUCACCGACAAUCGACGACGAAUUCGACGCUUGGGGCUAUACAACAGAUCGGCCACGCCGCGGCAAGAGGAGAAAGGUAGAGACAGAGUGGGAAAUAUGGAUGAAGCAAGUGCCGUCGAAGGAUGACACGAGCGUUUAG